GGCCCUGGGCUCGCUGAGAGCUGCCGGCCGAGCCAUGGGCUGCGACGGGCGGGUGUCUGAGCUGCUCCGCCGCAACCUACAGCCCACGCUCACCUACUGGAGCGUCUUCUUCAGCUUCGGCCUGUGCAUCGCCUUCCUGGGGCCCACGCUGCUGGACCUGCGCUGCCAGACGCACAGCUCGUUGCCCCAGAUCUCCUGGGUCUUCUUCUCGCAGCAGCUCUGCCUCCUGCUGGGCAGCGCCCUCGGGGGUGUCUUCAAGAGGACCCUGGCCCAGUCGUUAUGGGCCCUCUUCACCUCUACCCUGGUCAUCUCCUUGGUAUUUGCUGUCAUCCCCUUCUGCCAUGACGUGAAGGUGUUGGCCUCGGUCAUAGCGCUGGCGGGCCUAGCCAUGGGCUGCAUCGACACGGUGGCCAACAUGCAGUUGGUGAGGAUAUACCAGAAGGACUCAGCCUUCUUCCUUCAGGUUCUUCAUUUCUUCGUGGGCCUUGGUGCUCUGCUGAGCCCCCUGAUUGCUGAUCCCUUCCUGUCAGAGGCCAACUGCUUUCCUGCUAAUAACACAGUCAAUGCCACCUCCAGAAGACAUGUAUCCCGGGUCCUGAGCCAACAUCAUGCAGCAGCCCACCCUUGGAUAAACCAGACAAUCCCCAGGCUGCCCCCAAAGGAUGUGACCGAGAACCACGUAUCCUAUGCCUUCUGGAUCAUGGCACUCAUCAAUCUCCCAGUGCCCCUGGCUGUUCUGUUGCUGCUGUCCAAGGAGCGGCUGCUGACCUGCGCCCAGAGGAAGCCACUGCUCCUGUCUGCAGACGAGCUUGCACUGGAGACCCGGCCUGCUGAAAAGGAAGACACCUCCUCCCUUGCCCCCAAGUUUCAGCCACACUCAGGGCAAGAGGACCUGUUCAGCUGCUGCCAGAGAAAGAACUUCCGAGGAGCCCCGUGCUCUUUCUUUGCCAUCCACAUCACGGCCGCUCUGGUCCUGUUCAUGACAGACGGGAUGAUGGGGGCUUAUUCAGCCUUUGUGUACAGCUAUGCCGUGGAGAAGCCGCUCUCUAUUGGACACAAGUCAGCUGGUUACCUCCCUAGCCUCUUCUGGGGUUUCAUCACUCUGGGCCGGUUCAUCUCCAUCCCAGUCUCCUCAAGAAUGAGGCCAGCCACCAUGGUGUUCAUCAAUGUGGUGGGAGUGGUGGUGACAUACCUGAUGCUGCUUAUCUUCUCCUACAAUGUCAUCUUCCUGUUUGUGGGGACUGCAAGCCUGGGGCUGUUUCUGAGUAGCACCUUCCCCAGUAUGCUGGCCUACACCGAGGACACCCUCCAGUAUAAAGGUUGUGCGACCACAGUACUGGUGACUGGGGCAGGAAUUGGCGAGAUGGUCCUGCAGAUGCUGGUCGGCUUGAUCUUUCAGGCCCAGGGCAGUUACAGUUUCCUGGUCUGUGGUGUGAUCUUUGGCUGCCUGGCUUUUAUCUUCUACAUCUUGCUCCUGUUUUUCCACAGGAUACACCCUGAACUCUCAUCAGGUAAAAACAUGACUCUGAUAGCGACAAGUUCCACAGAGCACGAGAUGCACCAUCACCCGUAAGCAUCCCCCUCCACAACGCAAACUGCAGCUCCUGUAAGUAGUUCUAAUAAUCUAAGAGAAAUAAUGGGGUGGUCCUAGCUCUGAAAACAGCAGGCCCAGAAGACUAACAGAAAGCUUGCCACAGAAGCCAGCCUCUGGGAGAGUUAUCUUCCAGAAGAAACAGCAUGUGUGUUCUUCCCAGCACCGUGUGUUGAACACUUAGCUGCUCAAAUCCAUUUUAGAAACCCUCAGACAACAGAGGUCAGCGUCAACAGUUUAGUCUUACUGGUUUGGAAAUUCAUUCUGUGCCCAGGUUUCUGCACAGGUCUGAACUUGUCUCUACAAAGAAUUCCAAGACAAAGAAUGCCAUGGUGGCACAACUCCCAGUUUUUGGCACAGGCAAAUGACACAUAUGUAGUAAACAAGUGAUAGUCAGAACAAGCCAUCCAGUAAACCAGUCCUUCAGAUGCUUAAAAGUCCUGAAUGAAAGCCAGAACAAAGAGCCCUUUAUAAUCCAGUGAGAAAGCUGAAGCCGGUAUUUAUUUUAGUGUAAAGUAACUUGAUAGAAUUAUGAAGAUGUUUGUAAAUAUAACAUAAGGCCACAAGAAGUUUGUAAGAAGACUAUAAAAAUAAACAUGUCACUCGUAUGUAAUACAGACAUGAAAGGUAACAGGCUGUCCAGAGAUGCAGGAAGUCUAGAAAGCAUUCAGGCAUGAAUCCCCAUGAGAAAGAAAAUUAAUAGAAAAUUUGAAAAACUGUGACAAAGCUCCCAGAGACGCUCAAGGCGUUUUUAGAAUUCUUCCACACCUCACUUUGCCAAAUAUAUAUUCAUUCUC